AUGACUAUUCUUAAAGAACUCAGGAAUAUUCUAGAAGAAAUCAAACAUGUUUCAGGAGCAGGGACUCUAUUGAGUAUUAUAGGGAAAUUUCCAUGGGCCCUGGCUUCCUCUGUAGCUUAUCUAGAGGAUCCCUCCAGGUUCCGAGUCUACCUUGCUGCCCCACGUUUCCUGGACCUGAGAGCUUAUGGUGAUCCAGUCAGAGAUGUCAAAGGGAGUACGCCAGCAAAGCCACCUUUCGAGGGCUAUGUGUUUCAGGUUGAAGCCCUGGCCCGCCACCGCUACCUGAAGCAGGCUCAGGUUCUAGGCCCUCAGCUGAUGGAAAAACCCCUGUACUGGGGGGCGGACAGGAGCUCCCAGUUUUCAUCUUAUCCAAUGAACCCACUGCUGCAGCGAGAUUUGUCCCUGAGAUCCAGCCUCGCACAGAUGCCAAUGACCCAAACUGCCACUUCCCCGCCCAUCCCCAGUGGGGUCCUAGACUAUUUGGAGAAAGAGCUGCGGAACCUCAACCCAGCCCAGCCUCUGGCCUUUGACCCUCAAGCCAGAGCUGGCCAUCCCUGCAGCAUGCUGUCCUCCCUGGGCUCUGAGGUUGUGGAACGCAGAAUUAUCCACCUGCCGCCGCUGACCAGAGGCCUGCCUUCUUCACAGAAGACCAGCAGCUCCUCCCACCAACAGUGGCACACCCCGAUCCCCACUGGACCCUGGGAUCUGAGGGAGGGGAGAAGGCAGCACUACUAUCCUGAUUUCCGACAGGAUUUUCAAAACCGGGAACCCAAGCGCUGGGUGUCGCAGCAAAGGGAGCUGAGCCAGCUGCGGAAUAGAAGUCAUCACAGCUCCAGGCUGCAGGGUUCACCCACGCCCUGGUCAGACAGGGACAGCCUCAGUGAUGGCCCCUCAUCCAGUGAGGCCCACUGGCAGUCUAGUCAACCUCCUCUCAGGAGCAGAUACCCAGAGAGACCCCACAGGCCCAGCCCCAGGGAAGGCAUCCGGAGACACCAGAGACGCAGGCCUCGAAGCUACUCCCCUCCAUUGCCUUCAGGCCUCAGUUCUUGGAGCUCAGAAGAGGAAAAGGAGAGACAGCCCAGGAGAUGGGGGGCCCACCCCCGUCGUCGCUCACGGUCUCCAAACUGGCCUGAGGAGAAGCCACCCAGCUACCGCUCACUGGAUGUCAUUCCAGACAAGAAUGGCAGGAAAAAAGGAAGUGUGGAGAGGCGCUUGGAGAGAAACAGCUCCCACAGUGGAAGGAGUGUGGUCAUUUAG